AUGCUCACACCCGCGCCUCAUGCUGCCGCGCCUCAUGCUGCCAUGCCUCAUGCUGCCGCGCCUCAUGCUGCCGCGCCUCAUGCUGCCGCGCCUCAUGCUGCCGCACCUCAUGCUGCCGCGCCUCAUGCUGCCACGCCUCAUGCUGCCGCGCCUCAUGCUGCCGCGCCUCAUGCUGCCGCACCUCAUGCUGCCGCGCCUCAUGCUGCCGCGCCUCAUGCUGCCGCACCUCAUGCUGCCGCACCUCAUGCUGCCGCGCCUCAUGCUGCCACGCCUCAUGAUGUCACGCCUUAUGCUGCUUGCAUUCAGGCCAUCCAUAUGCUUCUAGGGGACGGCAUACAGGGAGCAUGCUCGCAUCCACAGGCCUUUGUGCCAUCCUCAGCGGGCCCUGGGGACUGCAUAGGCUCCAACUUUGCUCUCACAGAGGCCAAGGUUGUCCUUGCGCAUUUGCUCGGCCUCCUCAAGUGGGACCUCUCGCCCACAUAUGUACACAUGCCUAGUGUGGGAAUCACACUUACCCCUAAAUAUGGGAUGCCUUUACGUAUGAGGUUGGUGGAGUAG